AUGCGAGGAGAUCACCGAUACCCGACUGUUAUGCUCGAAGCGGUUGCAUCUCAAGAUUUAUGGUUUUGGCCUGCUUUUUGCGGUCCACCGGGUUCACAAAACGAUAUCAAUGUGCUACAACAAUCUCCGUUAUUUUUAACGAAACGAAAUGGAACCGCGCCAAAAUGUCCAUUUUACGUUAACAACCAUUUAUACAAACGUGGUUAUUUGCUCGUGGAUGGAAUCUACCCUCUGUGGUCCGUGUUUGUGAAGUCGAUCCCAUACCCUCACGAAGUAGAUGAAAAGAAAUUCAAGAGGCAACAUGAGGCGGCAAGAAAAGACGUCGACCGGGCUUUUGGUGUUUUGAAGGCGAAAUGGGGUGUAUUGAGUCGGCCGAUGCGAGCAAGAACCGUUAGAAAAAUUAGGAGUGUUGUGUACACGUGUAUUAUUUUACACAACAUGAUUUUGAAAGACGACGGAAACGCGAUAGCACCAGUGCACAUUCGGGAUCCUCCGGUCGAGCCCGCUCUAGACGAUACGGUGUUGGAUGAGUUGAUGGAUGAAGACACGCAUUGGAGACUAAAACACGAUCUCAUGAAUCAUCUCGCAAGUCAAGAUUUACCCCACCUUUUGGUCGAUUCCGAUGAAGACUAG